UCCUGGGUGGAAAAAGGGGCAGGCCCGCAGAAGGCGCGCAGGCGCACGGCAGCCGCUGCAAUGGCGGUGCCGGGCUCCUUGAAUAGGUAUCUGCUGCUCAUGGCACAGGAGCACCUGGAGUUCCGCCUGCCGGAAAUAAAGUCUUUGCUAUCACUUUUUGGAGGCCAGUUCAUUAACAGUCAGGAAACUUAUGGAAAGUCUCCAUUUUGGAUUCUUAACAUUCCCUCUGAAGAUAUUGCCAGAAACUUAAUGAAACGGACAGUGUGUGCCAAGUCUAUAUUUGAACUAUGGGGUCAUGGAAAAUCUCCUGAGGAGCUGUAUACUUCUCUUAAAAAUUACCCUGUGGAGAAGAUGGUUCCAUUUCUACAUUCAGAGUCUACAUAUAAAAUAAAGAUUCAUACAUUUAAUAAAACAUUGACUCAAGAAGAAAAAGUCAAACGAAUAGAUGCCCUUGAAUUUCUGCCAUUUGAAGGAAAAGUGAACUUAAAGAAACCACAGCAUGUAUUCUCUGUUUUGGAGGACUAUGGUUUGGACCCAAACCGCAUCCCUGAGAAUCCACAUAAUAUUUAUUUUGGUAGAUGGAUUGCAGAUGGGCAAAGAGAGCUAAUUGAGUCAUAUAGUGUCAAAAAGAGACAUUUUAUUGGAAAUACAAGUAUGGAUGCUGGCUUAUCGUUCAUCAUGGCCAACCAUGCAAAAGUGAAAGAAAAUGAUGUUGUCUUUGAUCCAUUUGUUGGAACAGGUGGGCUCCUGAUCGCGUCUGCUCACUUUGGCGCAUAUGUGUGUGGGACGGACAUCGACUACAACACGGUUCAUGGCUUGGGAAAAGCUAGUAGAAAAAACCAGAAAUGGCGAGGACCAGAUGAAAACAUCAGGGCAAAUCUUCGUCAGUAUGGCUUAGAGAAGUUUUAUCUUGAUGUCUUGGUUUCAGAUGCCUCUAAGCCUUCCUGGAGGAAGGGAACGUAUUUUGAUGCAAUCAUCACAGAUCCUCCAUAUGGUAUCAGAGAAUCUACAAGAAGGUCAGGUUCACAGAAGGAAAUACCAAAGGGAAUAGAAAAGUGUCCAGAAAGCCACGUUCCUGUCUCCUUGAGUUAUCAUCUGAGUGAUAUGUUUUUGGACCUGUUAAACUUUGCAGCUGAGACCCUCGUACUGGGUGGAAGACUAGUCUAUUGGUUACCAGUAUAUACGCCGGAGUACACUGAAGAGAUGGUACCCUGGCACCCUUGCCUGGAACUUAUUAGCAAUUGUGAGCAGAAGCUUUCCAGUCACACAGCAAGGCGCUUGAUCACAAUGGAAAAGGUGAAGGAAUUUGAGAAACACAUCUCGUUGGCCUUCAAGAUACUGAGUUUAAAAAACAAAACACAACAACAACAACAAAGGACAACGAAACAAAAAGCCUACGGCUAUCCCUUGGCAGGAAGAGCAGUGAAAGGCCAUGGAAACUGCGGAGCUGAAGACCAUCAUCUCAGGACCGGGACCAGUAUUCACACUUGCUGAGUGACCAUUUUCUACCAUACCAAGGUCAUAAUUCCUUUCGUGAGAAAUAUUUUAGUGGCGUGACAAAAAGAAUUGCCAAGGAAGAAAAAUCCAGCCAAGAGUGAAAAUCAUGACGUUGACAAUCAAGAAAGAAUAAGCGUUUUAUAGAAACGACCUGUGCUGUUUAAAAUUUUUAUAUAAAUAACUGCUAUAAAUCAAAAUCGAAUAAUUUCAAAAUGAUCUUUGCUUUAGAGACUAUUUUGAUGUGUCUUUUGAACCUGGUUAAGUUCAGGGACUGAUACAUAUAGAUGGAGUCAGUGUUUAUAUUUUUACAGAGAAAAUAUUGUUAACUUUUAAGCCAUAUUUGCCAGGCAUAUAGUAAGCAAUUAAUAGUACUUUAGACUAUUUUCAUUUUGUAAAUUUGCUUGGCUUGAAUUUUAGUUGUGACUGUUUUCAUUGCCAUCAAUAAACUUCACUGAGAAUUUCUAAGAGUUGUGUCGCACUCAGUAUUGCUCAUCUCAUCUCAUGGAGAGCUUUGUGGAAAAUGAGUCCAUACAGGUCAACAGGGGCCAUGCUACUGGGAGGGAGGCUAAGGCCUGAGAACUGUGGAGAUUCCAGCCUCACACCUCCAAGGGCCUGUGCGUCUGCACCGUGCCCGCACUGU